GCUGAACGCAGCCCGAGUGUCCGGACGCCCUUGGGUUUGUAAACGAGUGUUAGCGUCACACGGCCGGUUUUAAACGUCGUUUUAUUUUAACAAAAGUGUUUUAAAAGAGUAUUUAGAAAAGCGCUUUUAAAUAAAAUGCAUUAUUAUUAUUAUUAUUAUUAUUAUUAAAGACGUAACUCGGUGGUCUGGUCGAACUAGAACAAGAACCGGUGAAAUAUCCAUCCGCCCCUCUUCUUGGUACAACAUGGUGAGACAGUGACUCGUCCAUAUCUCCACUGAAAUGUCUCUGCCAACGAUCCCACGUGUCCCCUCGGCGAGGCUGCUGAGCUCCCUCCUCCUCCACCAGCAGCGCCGUCUUCUCCUCCCCUCCAUCGCUCCUCUCUCUGCGCCCACAAGGUUAAUUCAUGCUGAAUACAGACGACCCGGCAAACCCAAAGAAAACCGAUGGCGCAAGGUUAACAUCGACUUCUCAAAGGGUGUGGAGGGGAUAAAGAAGAAUUUCACGCUGCUGAAAAAUGAGUUUUUUGACCGCUGGGUUGGUCCAGAAGGCAAACCGAUCCUCGAGCACAUGCUGGAGCAGAACCGGGUGGUGUGGGAGUUCAGAGGUCCGGAGAGCCUGGAGCACUGGACGUUGUCCUCGGAUCGUGAGGUGGGAGGCCAGAGUGAAGUUUACUUGAAGCUUGGCAGAAACAGUAAUACCUGUUUUCUGUACGGGACUCUGAACUCCACUCCUCCUCGAGACGGAGAAACACGCUACAGUGGCUACUGCACCAUGCGCUCCAAGCAGCCACUGGCUUCAUUUGAUAGGAAAAAGCACCACGACUGGUCCAGUUUCAACACCCUGCAUUUGCGUGUGCGUGGCGAUGGCCGUCCGUGGAUGAUCAACCUUGCAACAGAAACGUACUUCUCUCAUCAGAAAGAUGACAUAUACAGUUAUUUCCUGUACACCAGGGGAGGACCCUACUGGCAAGAUGUCAAGAUCCCUUUCUCCAAGUUCUUCCUUUCAUAUCGUGGGAGGAUACACGACACUCAGCACCCUCUCUUGGUGGACAAGGUAAACUCCAUUGGAUUUACGCUGGGGGAUAAAGCCGACGGUCCGUUCCAGCUGGAGAUCGAUUUCAUUGGCGUCUGCAAAGAUUAUGCACACACUGAGGAGUGUGCCUAUGAGAUGUACAAGAGGAAUCCUGAAGUCUGAGAGGAACUCCUACAAUAUGAUAAACAAUACUGCAGAUGAACGGUUAUUGAAGAAUAGUUCUGUUACUGAAACUACCUUCUGCCACCAUCACAUUUAAUUUAAGAUGCUGUUUAUGUUUAUGUGCUCUGAUACUUCACAGACUAUCACACGUUCCCAGAAGAAGUACGUUUCUGUUCAUGAAAAUAAGCAAAUGUGGUCAAUUCAGGACAGGAUCAAGGUCUUCUUCCAACAGAUAAUGUCCACAACCCAGAUGUUAAUUAACAAUAAAAAUAAUGAACUAAC